AUGGUGGGCCCAGUGAGGUCCAGGCGUAGAGCGCAGAGGUUGACUACAACAUAUGGCUACAGACGAGCCUUGAAAGAUAUCCGUCAGCCCGGAAAAAGAUCAACUCCUGAGGAUAGAAAGGGAUACAAGAAGCUACUCGAAGAACUUCGUCAACGUGAGGACAACCUCACCAAGGUGAAGCCAGGAAAGCAGAAUGGGAAAAAUGACCCUGCAGAGGAUGAAGAAUAUGAAGUCGAGAGAGUCCUUGAUUCUCGCGUCAGCAACGGGGAGCUCAAAUUUUACGUCUUGUGGAAGGGAUUUUCGAUGGAGGAGGCUACAUGGGAACAGCGUUCGAACUUAGAGAAUUCGACGGAAGCUAUUGAUGAAUAUUUCCGUGCCCAUCCUGGCAACCCUGGCGGACCCCAGUCAUACAAUCGUUUCGGCGGUCGAUCUCUGAGGGCGAUUGAGAAAGCAACAUAG